AUGGACUUCCACGCCCUACACUGUUACUCCAACCCAGGUCUUGUCUACCAGGACGUGCUUCUCGUCCUGAAGGUGUUUCCUACAGCUUCCGUCCGUUGGGAAGACGAGACAUUGCUUGUACACAAUGGUUACACCUGCACAAUUCCUUUCUCCUAUCCACGAGACAAACCAUCCUUCUCUAACGGCUUAACCUCCCCACUCUUGCGGGAAUGGCCAUAUGCCAAUGACACAUCUAACGAAGGCGUCCCCCCUUUGGAGAACCGUCUUUUAAAAGUCUUUCUCUCCUUGGAAAUUGGACCCCCACAACUGCCCAAACGACCACACACUUUCAGAAACGUCAAGUCCUUGUCGCAGCAGCCACCAAUACUGCAGGAGCAUGAACAUGUGCAACGACAGACACCUUCAGACACUACUCCGCCGUCUCUGCCUGAACCCCCAGCACGUACCCGCCUGAAACUCGAAUUGCAGAACAAAUUGCAAAACACCCUUGCAGACUCCAUUGCGCAAUCAAUCAGACCGGCGCUUGUGGACCAGUCGAUGCUGAUAGAGGCUUGCCAUGAGCCGCCCGUCUACAGUCCACCCAUUGAUGUCAUCAGUGAACGCAAAGAACAGGCUGUCCUUGUUAAAAACACCAUUCAGAGUGCCCUCAAUGAGGAGUUCAUUGUUGGCGGUGACGUUAAACUACACGUUCUAAAUGACGAAAUUAAUCUAUGUAAUUUAGUAUACGACAAGAAGCUCAUAUCUCUGGAUCAGUACCUGUUCCAGUUGCGGCGUUUAUAUAAAGCUAGGUAUUCUCUUUUAUAA